CAUGAAAAUGCAUGCAACGCAACACUACAGUUUGAAACCGACCAACAGGCUACUGUUGAUUCACUCACUCUCACUCUAGUCACACGUUCUGGAAAUGUUGUGAGAGUGCUUUCUAAAUAUAACCGCAGAGAGAGAGCGGGAGAGAGAGAGCACCUUUCCAGCCGACUAAGGGUUCUCGCUGAGCUCACAUACACGGGCCUGGCAGGAGAGAGAAGGGUGUGAGGAGAGGAGACCGAGUGCAACUUUGACAAGUCCCAAAAUAAAACUUUUAGAGGGAGUUGAAACUUGAUGUGAACGGGACGACAGUCAAGGCAGCUGCAGCAGAGGAUGGAGGAGGACGCCCCGCCUAAGAAGUCAGUGGCGGAGCUGGCUGGAAAGUUCAAAGCUCAUGCCCCUCCCUUCCCCACGGGAACUGACGGGAGUAAUAAGCCUGUUAGGAGACGCCCCCCUCGAACCCUACAUCUCCCCAAGACCACAGCACAGGGACAGGUGGACGAGGAGAAACCCAUCUCCCCGUCUCUGCAUCCUGCCAAAACCAAAAGGAACUCUGCUCUUAUUGAGAAACUGCAGGCUAACCUGGCUUUAUCCCCCUGUUCCCUUCUACCCUCUCCUAAGAGCCCUGGGCUGAAACUGUUGCCCCCCUCCUUCACCCCCACCUCCACCUGCUCCCCCAUCCCUCCUGUUACUACAGUAACCCCCACCUCCCCAGUCAGCAGGGCACCCCUCCCUCGGUCGCUGAGCGAGGAAGAGACACCUGCCACCUUUGAGGUCCCAGCCACACCCACCGACGGAUCCCUACUGCCCAGUAUCAACAAGGGAAGAGCCCGCCUCUCCAUCCGGCGACGCCCACCUUCGAGACGCCACAGGAAGUCCAGCGGAGAGGAAGGAGACGGGGUGACGGGUGAAGAGAUGCCCCUAACUACACCCGACGACCCUGAGGCCAAAGUUGGGGAGGAAGAGAAAGGAGAGGGGGAGGAGGUGUUUGAGAAGGAAGUGGAAGAGAAGGAUGGUGAAAGAGCAGACACCACUAUGUAUACCAAAGAAAAGAUAGAGACAGGCUCCUCUACCCCUGCUAACUCACAGCAACAGAUUGCCACAACAGACAGAUCAACUACAGACCCUGACCCACUGGAAAAGACAAAGUCAGAAAAAACGCUGGAGAGACAGACAGGAGAGGAGAGACAGGAGGACAGGCAGACAGGAGAGGAGGCAACAGGGUCUAGAGGAGAAGAGGUGAAAGAUUGUGGUCAGGGGUGUGGAGGAGAAGAAAAGGAGAAGGGGAGGGAGACUUGUUCAGUGGAGGAGUCAUCUACAGAGAGAGAGAAAGAAGAGGGGGAAGAGCUGGCCUGCAAAGAAAAGGAGGGAGAGAGAGAUACAGACUGCAACGAAGAGAAGGAGAACACCAAGCUCUGAUGGGCCGUAACCGCACCAUGCCCCUGCCUUACAGAGUGGGAGAGCCCCAUAGUGUGCACUAACUCCCCUCAUCCCAUAGCACAUAGUGUAGUGGAAAAGGCGAGACUAGUAUGGACUGCAGACUAUGCCACUGGAUGGACUCCCUUUAGUCCUCUGCAUCUGGAAGGUCCUACACUCUGGUUCCAUCCCAAAUGGCACACUAUGCCCAAUAUAGUGCAGUACGUUUGACCAGGUUCAAUAGGCCUCUGGUCUAAAGUAGUGCACUAUAUAGGGAAUAGGGUGUCAUUUGGGACAUAACUAUGCACAUUUUUGGACAUGUUUCUUGUAAAUUCUUAUUUGGUGUCAGCCUGUGACUUUGUUAUCUUUGGGCAGAUUAAUGCAAGGGAUUUGCCUGUACAGCUUUCCCCAAAACAUUUUAUGACAAGACCUGGUAAAUUAUAACAUUUUCCACAAAAUACACAACAUGCAGAUUAGUAAAAACAACAGAUUUCUAGAAAACGUUAGGCUAUUUGAUUUAAACUGGUGUUGAGAACAACGCUGCGGAGGCGGGCGGCAGCUGUGUAGUGCUAGGGCAAAAAACAUGCACCCAGGGGGGGCCCCACCGAGUUUGGGAAUCCCUGGUCUAGAUAAAUCAAUUAGAUAAAUCAAUGAAUGUCCCAUUUUUGUUUUUUGUUUUCACUUCAUCUCUGUUUUGAUAUUUUGUUACAAUUAGGCUGGGGAAAUGUUAGCUAAGUUGAAGUGAGUGCUAAUGAUCAUCUUUAGUCUAGUUUGCUCACAUAUUAACUGAUCAGAACAUUUCGCUAGCAUUUUAUACAAGUGAAUUUUGUGACUUGUGACUUGUCUGAUAAUCAAUCAAUGUGAUUUUGUUUCACUGAAUCUCUGUCUGUAUAUUUGGUUAAUUGAUCUCUGGCUGGACAAGUGGAAGUGGUAGAUCAUCUAUUCGUUUGCUCAUCUAUCCCUGAUUAGAAACAUUUAGCAUGCAAUAAUGUAAAUCAAGAUGAUUAUUUAUCUAUGGACUCACGUACUGUAGUAGCCUUAUAUAGAGCCUAGGCAAUUUUCACAUUGUCCCAAUCCCACUGAAAUCAAAAAUCCUGACUCCUGUCUUGCAUGAACAUUCCAAACUUUAUUCUGUAAUCCUGUAGUCUAAUAAUGUAGUCUGGUAUUGCUGCCGAUGUGAGAGCUUCAGUAGAGAAUGUGUGAUCAACAAAUGGUAGGCCGAUGAGGGUAGAUAUGGAAAUAUUUUUUAAACUGUUGGUCUCCGUUAAGAUACCUUGAUAUUUAAACACUUUCCUCUCUUCAUCUCGCUGUUGUUCAUGGGCUGAUCUGCUAUCUGUAUAAUCAUCAACUAGAUUUAGCCAAAUAGUCAUUAAUUGGAGGUAAUCUAGCAAAUUUAGCAACUUUGGACUUUUGUUGGGGCUCCCGAGUGGUACAGUGGUCUAAGUCACUCCAUCUCAGUGCAAGAGAUGGACCUGGUUUGAAUCCAGGCUGUAUCACAUCUGGCUGUGAUUGGGAGUCCCAUAGGGCGGUGCACAAUUGGCCCAGCAUUGUUCGGGGUAGGCUGUCAUUGUAAAUAAGAUUUUGUUCUUAAACUGACUUGCCUAGUUCAAUAAAGGUUCAAUUUGAACAAAAAAUAUUAAAAAAUGACCGCCGUUUACAAACUUUGUGUGAUUCGACAACGCUAAAGCCUACUCUGGGUGCACUCUGUGUGUCCUGAGCGCGCUCUGUGUCUUAUUGGACAAGUUCAGGUAGGUCUCUCCCCAUUUCGGUCUGUUUGCUUCUUUUGCAUCAUUUCAAAUGGGUGUUAAAAUCGAAUCAAAUCAAAUGUUAUUUGUCAAAUUAGCCGAAUACAACAGGUGCAGCUAGACCUUAUAAUGAAAUUCUUACUUAUAAGCCCUUGACCAACAAUGCAGUUUUUAGAAAAAUGCCUAAAGAAAAAUAAGAAAUAAAUCAUUAAAGAGCAGCAGUAAAAUAACAAUAG